AGCCGCGUUGGAUCCCUCGGGUUACUGCGAGCCUCCGGUGUAUAACCCGGACCUGUGCCCUAACAUGAUCGCCGCACAGGCAAAGCUCGUCUACCACCUGAACAAAUACUACAAUGAGAAGUGUCAGGCGCGCAAGGCGGCCAUCGCCAAGUCCAUCCGCGAAGUCUGCAAGGUGGUCUCGGAUGUCCUGAAAGAGGUCGAGGUGCAAGAACCGCGCUUUAUCAGCUCCCUCACUGAGCUUGAUAACCGGUUCGAGGGCCUCGAGGUGGUCUCUCCAACCGAGUUUGAGGUGGUCCUUUACCUCAAUCAGAUGGGCGUCUUUAAUUUCGUGGAUGACGGCUCACUGCCCGGCUGCGCCGUCUUAAAGCUCAGCGACGGCCGCAAGCGCAGCAUGUCUCUCUGGGUGGAGUUCAUUACAGCCUCAGGUUACCUGUCUGCGCGUAAGAUCCGCUCCCGUUUCCAGACCCUGGUGGCGCAAGCCGUGGACAAGUGCAGCUAUCGGGACUCGGUGAAAAUGGUGGCUGAUACGAGCGAGGUGAAGCUGCGCAUUCGAGACCGCUAUGUGGUGCAGAUCACCCCAGCGUUCAAGUGCACAGGCAUCUGGCCGCGCAGCGCAGCGCACUGGCCCCUACCUCACAUCCCAUGGCCCGGGCCAAACCGAGUAGCCGAGGUCAAGGCUGAAGGGUUCAACUUGCUCUCCAAGGAAUGCUACUCGCUCAACGGCAAGCAGAGCUCGGCCGAAAGCGACGCCUGGGUGCUACAGUUUGCCGAAGCCGAGAACCGCCUGCUGCUGGGCGGAUGCAGAAAAAAAUGCCUCUCGCUGCUCAAGACACUGCGCGACCGCCACCUCGAACUGCCCGGCCAGCCUCUCAACAACUACCACAUGAAGACUUUGGUUUCCUACGAGUGUGAAAAGCACCCACGGGAAUCAGACUGGGACGAGAACUGUCUGGGUGACCGACUGAACGGCAUCCUUCUGCAGCUCAUCUCGUGUUUGCAGUGCCGCCGGUGCCCGCACUACUUCUUGCCCAACCUUGACCAGUUCCAGGGCAAACCUCACUCGGCUUUGGAGAAUGCCGCCAAGCAGACUUGGAGACUCGCCAGGGAGAUCCUGACCAAUCCUAAAAGUCUGGAAAAGCUUUGAGGUAAAGCAGAGACCCGAGAAAUUAGAGCCACAUGUACUGCGCAAAAAGAAACUCAAAAGUCGGGUUUGGCAUGUUCAGGCCUGAGUGGACUGGACACAAAUAAUCCCUCACUGCUGGUAAAUCUAAUUCAACCUUCCAGUGAAA